AUGUCUUUCGACCCGGUUAUGCCCCCUUAUAACUCGUCCGACCCGACCGCCACCUUUCUCUCCUCGUCGUGUCUCGACUUCCUCCUGAUUGAGCUUGUCCCUCUCGCCUACCGCGUCACCCAUGAGCGUGAUCUGUCCCCCUCCUCGCCGUCGCCGCCGCCGCAAACCUCAGACGGCAUUGCCAUCGCCGGCUCUGGGCCAGCGACCUCGGCAGGAGGGUCCAUGAGCAACCGCGCCGUCAUAUCGGACUCGGUCAUGGCGGCAUCAGCCUCCUCUGCGCCGCGCAAGCUCGACGAGGAGGACGAGGCCUUGGACUCGGUGCACUUUCGGCUCGAAAGCCUAGGCUACCGGGUUGGCCAAGGCCUUGCUGAACGCUUUUCGAGAGAUAGGCCAAAGUUCAACGACACGCUCGACGUGGUCAAAUUUCUGUGCAAAGACCUUUGGUCGCUCCUCUUUGGCAAGAACAUCGAUAAUCUGAAAACAAACCACCGGCAGGGAGUCUACGUGCUCACAGACAACGUCUUCCGCCCCUUUUCGAGAAUGAGCACAGAAGCAGGCGGUCAGGCUGUUGUCCGCGCGCAACCAUUCUUGUGGUUUCCCUGCGGUGUCGUACGGGGAGCACUGACAUCAUUGGGAAUCAAUGCCACCGUUCAGGCGGAGAUACACGAGCUUCCGGGCGCCGUCUUCCAGAUCAAAACCAUACUUUCCAAAUCAUAA